AUGUCUUCACAUAAUAAAGAUCUCAAAGACAACUUUAUGUCACUGUCAAAUCAGCAACAUUCGGUCGAAGAAAAUCGAACAACUGCUACAAAUCACCCAUUUACGACUGUAAAGAAAAAGGUUCAAGAUAUUGCACAUGUUACAGCUCAAAAGUUGAAAUUAGAACCAAGGGAAAGAAAUCCGGAGGCCGCACAUCAAGAUGGCAAGACUAAUCCUGA